AUGUCACGCGGAGCACUCGCUUGGCUGUUUCUUGUGGGCGCGGCACUCGGUUCGCCGUCCUGCCACAUCGCGAGUCGCAAUACGACUGCGUCGGUGACCUGCGCGGACUUUGGCAGCGCCGUGGACUUUGAGCACUAUAUCCAACGACCGUUGUCGCGGCCCAAACUCUCGUUUGUGUUGCGGGACAGUCGGCUAGACCGGUUUCCCGCAGGUGCAUUUGCUGAUGUCAGUGCUACUUCACUCGAGCUCAGUAAUGUCACCGUUGAGGCGUUCGAGUUCACCGAGGAGGAUAAUCCAUUCUCCGGCCUCCGUUCCUCUGUUGAGAACGUGACCUUCAGUGGCCACAGCAGCUUGCCACCAUCGUGGGCCAUACUUGCCGAUAUGGAGAGUCUGCGUUCUCUGACCGUUGUAAAUGCGGUCCUCAAUCUGACAAGUGACUUUGGUUUGCUGCCCAUUGGAAUGCGUCACGUGACCAUCGACACUGCUCUUGUGGGGCACCUGGAUGACUGGUGGCUGGCGGCACUCGCCAACCUGGAGAGCGUGACGUUGCGUAACACGGAUGUGUCCGAGCUGAAGCGCUCCAUCAUGGCACGGCCCGCGGCGUUGCUUCGGAACCUUGACCUGUCGUAA